AUGGCCGAUUUACUGAUUUACCGUCUGUCGUCCAUGGCACUCAAUACAUCCCUGAUUAAUGCCGAAAAGGAAGAGCUAGACGAGGAAUUUCACAGAAGAGAUCAUCCAUCCCCACAUUCACAAAUGCAACCACCGCUGCAGCCACCGCUGCAGCCACGCAAGCUUCGACAACUGCCCCAGCCCAGACAACAUUUACAACACUUGCACACUCAUCUGCACCCGCAUCUGCCCUUGCAACAACAACAACAAUAUCAAUCCUCACAAAGCGAUAAUGUGGAAUACACACCCAGAAGCUAUGACGACAAUUCAUCACCAAUAUCAUCUUCCAGCGACUUCAACCUCGCGCAAGUGCCUACGCGAUCAACUUUUGAAAAUCAGAAUAUGUCCCGAUAUAGUCAUAGCAACAGCAGUCACCGAUCAACUCCACAGCCACGAUAUUCUGAAGAUUACAUCAAGCAGAAGGAAUUGGAGUUCCUUGAACUGGAUGAACAAGGAUGGAUCCAUGGAUACGACAUCCCCUAUUCAAUAAUAACAUUUGAACCAUUGCAGGAAGACACUACCAAGAAGAAGCUUGUACGUAGCUACGACCAGAACAUGUUUGCCCCUAAAUUAGUUCUUGAUGAAAUUGAACACGCGGCAUUCCUGCGCAAGAAUUCAGCAGGAUCACAAUCACUAAGUACAGUGCAUUCCCAUGGCCCACCCACCGAAGACCAAUUGAAGGAUAUAUCACAAACGACAAUUGGUGAUGUGUUUUACAAUGAAGAUUAUCCUGGUGCAUUUGCAGGGUAUUUGUCCAUACCAAGAGUCACAUAUAAUGUGCCUAAUGGAUACCGUAGUAGCAGACAUCAGAAAUUAUGCCAAGAUGUGCCGAAGUUGAUCUACCUGACUCACUUAAACCACGACAAUUUGACAUAUGUGUUUGGUGGAUUGUACGUGAAUAAAGCAUCGAAUUUCAAACACUUGGGAUUACCGCUUGAUGUUGAUUUAGCUCGCGUAUCGGUGAAGUUCCCCUACCAAUUACCACCCUUUGUCAACACAAAACUCAUGACCAAUCCUUUUAUGCAAUCCUACCCAAACUUCUUUAUGUUUAAUGCCCAAAGGGGGUCCGUUACUUGUUUGGACACGGCACAAAUGGAGGAAUAUCCCCUGGGGAUCAAUGCCAUGACUGGUACACAAGUCUCCAAGCGACAUUUCUUCUUUUAUGGAGGGUGGUCAAUUGUUGAUCGACUGGUUAGUUAUAACCCUGAGAUGGACCGAUGGUUGAUUCACAAGGAUUUCGUGUUGAAUGAAGAUGGAUAUAUCGUCGACACCGUCACGUUGAAGUUCACCAAGGUUAAGUUGUCAGGCAAGGAGAAUUCGUUUAUUACGUUGGGAAGAAUGGGAAAUGGGAUAUGCGCCAAUGUGUAUGAUGGUGGGGAGUACAUGAAUUCGUUUCCCCGAGCACCCCUGCCUCCGAUAUUCACAGCAACUACCGUUCCAUAUACAGCAGAACGAGCUCCAGGAACCCGAACAGGUACAGCAGCAAGUAGUUUAGCCAGUGGGGUCAAUAAUGGAGUCAGUCAUAGCAAAUCACCUAACCGAGAGCUUAGCUUUGCCACCACCAGUCAUACAAGUGUGAAUCUCAAAUUUAACAAUUUAAAAAAUGAGGACGCUGGUUCAUUCACAGCAAGCAAUGCGUCAAAGCAUUCAUCAUUACAUCGGAUAGUUACUACUAACUCCGUUGAAUCACAAAGUUCAUCGGAGAAUUCUGGUAAGUUGCCACCUCCUCAUAUCCCCCCACCUGUCUUGCCAUCACAGUUACAGAAUAAUAAGCAUCAACCUCCAAGUAUUGGCAAAUUGAGAAUCAAUCCGAAUUUACCAGCUGUAAACAAUUCUCCGAGUGCUACCACGGGUACACCAGCAACAACAACAUCGACAACCACGGCUACCCCAUCCACAACAUUAUUGCAAACCCCUUCAAGCUCAACCACCAAGAUGAUGGGGAAUGUACUUGCUAAAUCAACCAGGAUUUUCCACAGACAUAGACAUACAUUAUCCGAUGGUAGUCCGGGAGGUAGUGGAAGUUCAGGAACAGCUGGUGGUACCAGUAGUUCUAACACAAAUAAUCAAUCACCAAGCCAAGACUCAGGAUCAUUACUGAGCUCACGAUCAAGAAUCAGAUCACCACAUCCACUAAAGUACAGUUAUUCUCAACGACACAAGGAGCAUCGAUCAAAGUCGCCUAAUCCCGGGACAACAAACUCAAGACCAGGCUCGAGAACUGUUUCGCCUAAUCUUGUGGCCACCAAGGCUGUACCUCCAGGUCAAUUGAACACUCCAACUACCACGUCGAGCACAAUUAAUACUGUGAGUACUACAUCAACCGCGGGAUUUGCUGGGUCUGUAUCUAACUUAAUCAAUGAAUCAUCCACACCAACACCAACCACUCACACGCCUUCGAUUAAGUCUGAAAAUCUGAGUCCUACUCCAAAUCCAGUGGGCGUGCCUGUAUUACCCUCGCAAUCACAACCAAACCAAUCCAGUUCAAGUCCACAAAUCCAAUACCCAUUCCCUAGUUACAUCCUCGAUGGCGAAACAUACAAAUCCAAUCGUCGUGUUAAUAUCAGCAACAAUGGCCGCUUUGACGAUUUGGAAGAAGUGGCUCUGAUUGUCUCGGAAGAAGACCCCAGUGGAAUCAAGAAGCACCAUGAAGGUAACGAAAAUGUCUUGUUUAACCAAGCCUCGUCCAUUGCUUGUGUGGUUGUGUUUGUAUAUGGUGGGUUCAUCAUGGAUAAUAUUGGUGUUGAUGGAAUACAGCAUUUCCGCGCCACGUCAGACUUGUUAAAGAUUGAAUUGUCAACACGAGGAAACGAUGAGAAACGCGGUUUAGGCGGGUUUUCAUUCUUGCCCGAAGCGCUUGUUUCUAGUGUGGGUACGCCCAAGGAUGGUCAUUUUGAUAUUAGUGUUGAAGAUGGAGAAUGGCCCGAGGCACGAGGAUAUUUCGCCCUGGUGUUGAUUGAUCACCAGGACCAAAGUCUUGAGGAGAAUUGCGCUUUUGAAGUAGCCAUCGACCCAAGCUGUUCCUUAAAACCAGGGCUUGCGAACCAGAUACCACCGAAUAGUUCUUCGUCGUUUCAAUUACCCCAGAUUGACACCCCUGCAGCUGACGAGGGUAAUGGUGCUAGUUUCCAAUGUGGGUCUGUCCUCAAUGAAUCGGAAAUUUCGCAAGCGGAACAGUACCUUUCCAGUAAGGCGUUGCUUGUGCAAGGUGGAUGUGACGAUUCGAAUAAUUUCUUUAGUGAUUUCUGGUUGUUUGUUUUCCAAACUGGUAAAUGGGAACGGUUGAACACGUAUGUGUACGACUACUUCAAUGUGCCGCUCGAUCCUAAUGAGGAUGAUGAUCUUAACAAGUACACUCCACAAACGGAGGUGGAGACUCCAGAAUUAAAGCCGGCGGAGUUGCGAGGAUGUCACCAUACUGCGAUGUAUUACAAGAAUGAAGAGCGGGAUUACUUGUUCUUUAUCGGUGGGUUGCGCCAGGACUAUUUACGUAAUUUUGACAAGGUUCCUUACAAGAGUGAUAAAUUUGAUGUUGCCCGGUUUGCCCGAUUCCCGUUGUGUACCGACAACUCGAUAUUCAUCCGGGUAUCCGUGUUGAAUAUCCAAACACAGACAUGGAGGUUCAUGAAGUAUCACUACGAUGUUAAGCACACCAUUACAGAAAAGUAUGUUAAUCAAAUCAUGAACAUUCCAGGGUUGAUGCAUGCCCGAUUGUGUAAUCUUGGUGGGAUGAUUAGUAUGCUGGAGAAGAAUAUCAUUAUUGGACACGGAUUUGCGUUGUUUUCACCGGAACAAAAGGCAAUGUUGGAAGAGAUGAAGAAGACUAUUCCAUUUGAUGAGUUUUUAUUUGGUGGUCAUAUAAUGAUUACGUUUCCUGGGUUAUAA